GUCAGACGGUCCCUAAAAAAGAAAACAGUCUCUAUUGUUCCAGCACCCGCUCUGCUCUGGACGGUGCAGUCCCGCCUGUGGCCGCAGAGGGCGCUGCACGCAUGGCAGGCCGGGCUCCGCGGCCUUCACAUCUUUUUGUCUGAGAACUGGAUCCCUCUGCCGCUCUACAGUGUGUGCGAUAGCCUCGGAGCUGCGUCCGUAACACACUGUCAAACCACUCCAAACGGAUACAACCGCGACCAAAAGCAUUUAUUCAACACAUUCUGCCAUGGCGUUUCUAAUCUGCCGCUUCGCGAAUGACUGAGCGCCGGCGGAGUAUGGGAUCCUUGGUGUCUUAAGAAGCGACUGAAGUGGGGUUUAACCGUUUUUGCAUGCAAAAACAAUGGCAAAUUCGACGGGGAAAAAUCUACUAGAUCAGCGAAGGAAAGGACAGGCUUUCCUGGACGAGCUGCGGCAAUUUCACCAAAGCAGAGGAUCGCCGUUCAAGAAGAUUCCUUUCGUGGGUGGGAAAGAGCUGGAUCUGAAUGCUCUCUAUAUCAGAGUCGUCGCUUUAGGUGGAUUUGCUAAGGUCUCUGACAAAAACCAAUGGAUUGAACUUGGAGAAGAGUUUAACUUUCCAAGGAGUUGUUCCAACGCUGCAUUUGCUUUAAAACAGUACUACCUUCGAUACUUGGAGAAGUAUGAGAAAGUCCACCACUUCGGCGAGGAUGAUGAAGAAGCGCAGCCGGGGAAUCCCAAAGCCUCUCUUCCAAUCGGUGCAAUUCCCAGCUCUUAUAACUACCAGCAACACAUUGUAUCAGACUAUCUCCGCCAAAGCUAUGGACUGUCUACGGAUUUCGCUCCGCCGUGUGACUACAACAAACUGGUGCUGUCUCUCCUUUCGGGCCUACCCAACGAAGUGGACUUUGCUGUCAAUGUUUGCACUCUGCUUUCCAACGAGAGCAAGCACGCCAUGCAGCUGGACAAGGACCCCAAACUGGUCACGUUGCUGCUGGCCCACGCCGGAGUCUUCGACGACUCGCUAGGCAGCUUCUCCGGGGUAUUCGGGAUGGAUUGGAAGGAGAAAACCUCUCGGGACUUUGUCAGGUUCUGGAAAGAAGUGGUGGAGGACGUUGAAGUCAGGGAGCUGAUCUGGGACAAGAGCGGCCCAGCACAAGAUGGUACGUCGUGUGGGGAGCGCUGGCAGAGCCUCUUCCACCCGCCACGGAACCUGGGCAUCAGUGACAUGGAGGCCCAACGGGUGCUGCAGAUUGCCGUUAUCCUGCGAAACCUGUCCUUCGAGGAGGCCAACGUCAAGCUGCUGGCGGCCAACCGAACGUGCCUGCGCUUCCUUUUGCUCUGUGCCCACUGUAACCUCAUCUCACUCCGACAGCUUGGACUUGACACGUUGGGCAACGUGGCUGCUGAGCUCCAGCUGGAUCCUGUUGACUUUCGGACGACUCAUCUGAUCUUUCACACCAUCACCAAAUGCUUGAUGUCCAGGGACAGGUUUCUCAAAAUGAGAGCCAUGGAAAUCCUGGGCAACCUCAGCAAGGCAGAGGACAACGGCGUGCUAAUCUGCGAGUAUGUGGACCAGGACUCGUACAGGGAGGUAACGAUGCUCCUCACCCUGCCUGACCUCAUGCUCCUCAUGGCCUCUUUGGAGGUGCUGUACCUGCUGGCCCAGCUCGGAGAGGUUCCUUGCAGCAAGAUAGCCUCCGUUGACCAUAGCAUAGACUUGUUAGUGCGGUUAGUGUCGGUUGACCUUCAUACGUUUGGACCCGACGCCCUAACAGCGGUGCGGUUGAUCGAGCAUCAGGCCAACGCUGACCAGGCAGCAGAGGUUCGACCACAGCUGGUAGAGCAGGUACCUGCAGCUGUGCAGGGAGCACCAGCACCUGUAACAAGAGUCCCAGUUCAAUCCACUCAACCACUGCCUGGUAUUGUUGAACUAGAUGGGGAAAAAUUCACACUGCAGUGGCUAAAUGCACACUUUGAGACAAACCCUGAGGGUUCUGUGUCUCGAUCAGAAAUGUACUCUGAGUACCUGGCCACGUGCAGUAAAAUGGGACGAAGCAACAUCUUGAACUCCACCGGCUUCCUCAAAUGCCUGCGGACUGUGUUUCCAAACCACACAAUGCGGCGGCAAGAGGAGCCCAAGGCCAAUGGUCAGGUUCAGAUUCUCCUGGUCGGGCUAAGGCGAAGGUCAAUCCCCCUGCCCAUCCAGCUGUACUACCAGCAGCCUCAGCAGCAGCAGCAGAAUCCGGCAGCAGCUACUCCACCUCCAGCAGCCCGACACGAAGCUCCUGGAGACCCUCAGGCCCCACCUCCAGGCUUACCUCCCGGCCAUCUCAGUCUUGGACCCCAGUUUGUUCGGGCCCUGGGCCCCAGCCUCAGCACCGGUGGUGCCGCCUCAUCCGUGGCCUUGACUGCACAGGAACCUCCCCAUGCAAGCCACCCGACUGUUCCCCGUCACACGGUGCCCCCGCAGGUGCCUCCGCAGUUACCACCAAAUCCCCUGGCAGCAGUGCAGCAGCAACAGGUCCGACCUGGUCCAGUGGUCCAGAUUCCGACGUCGGCACCGGCCACCCAGAACCACAGCCCCCAGAACCCUGCAGCUCAACAACAACAGCAACACUCCCCCAUGCUCCCCACAGGGACCCCUGUCACGCUAUUUCAGCAGGUACCACAGGGCCACAUCCUCACCGCCAGGGUACAAGGUGUGUGCCCUCCGAUCACCCAGCACCCACACUUGCCUCAAACCCCUCCCCAGGUGGAGCCUCAGUGUGUUGCUGCGGCAUCGACAUCCUCUUCUUCCAUCCAGGUUGGAGGUGGUCAGGCGUUGAGUAUUGCGAGUGUGCCCAAUUCCCAGGGGUCACGUGUCACAUUUCAGAAUAUCGCCCCCAAACCAGCUCCAAACCAGUCAGGUGGACCAGCAGCCACGAUAGCCACUCCCAACCAGCAGCCUCAGCCUCAACAGCAGACGCAGAGUGUCGUAAUAGUCAGUCCCAACCCCCAGCAGAGCUCAGCCUACACCCCUGCCAUACAUCAGAUUGUUCUUGCCAACCCCUCCGCCAUUCCUGGUGCCCAGACUAUCCAGAUAGCAGGGCAGCCUGGAGCUGCUUCCAGCCCCUGCCCGCCUCCUGCUUCUCACUCCAGUACCCAGGUCCAGCCCAGUCAAACUGUCAGCCACACACUGUCCAUGAAACGGCAUCAACAGCAUCAACAGCAGCAUCAACAACAGCCACCCCUCCAAAUUAUUUCUCAACCUCCUCCCUCUCAGCCUACCUCCACUGAGUCCAGCUUGAUCAAACAGCUACUGCUUCCAAAGCGAGGGCCUUCUACUCCGGGAGGAAAGCUAAUCCUACCCGCUCCACAGGUGCCCCCUCCCAACAGCACGAUAGCCCCUAGUCCACAGGUCAUCUACCAGACAAGCUACAGCACCCAGAAUCCCUCUCCUCAGCCCCAGCAGCUCAAUGUCCAGCUGGUUCCUGGUCAGCUUCCUGCUGCAGGAGCCCCAGCCCUCCAGACGGUCCAGCUCUUGCCAGGCCAGCUCAUUUCCACAAGUAGCCCAGGGGCAGCUACCAUCAUCCAGGGCCCCACGGCAGCUGGACAAGUCACAUUCACCGUGGUCCCAAACACUGGCUUCACCACCUCCACUGCUGCUGUUGCCGCUGUCAGCCAGGGUGCUGUGGCUCCGGGAGCCGCCCCUCCUCCAUUCUCUACUGGAACAGUGCCCCAACAUGCCCCUGCAGCUCCACCACCACCACCACUGCCAGCUCCCCUCAGAGGAGACAAGAUAAUUUGUCAAAAGGAGGAGGAGGCCAAGGAUGCCACGGGGCUACACGUCCAUGAAAGAAAGAUAGAGGUGAUGGAGAACUCCUCUUUGGCAGAAGGAGACUCCAACGGCAAAACCAGUAACGGUGAUGUUGCGGCAGGUGCCAAGCUGCUAAAUGGUCGGAAGUGCAUGGAGUCUAAUCUACCUCCAUACCACUCAGGGAACAGCCAGGGGGCACUCAAUGGCCCGGCUACGGAGAGUCAUCCUGCUAAUGGGAAGCAGGCCCUCUCCCCCGGCCUGAACACCCCUCUGGACAGCAACCCCGACCCCAAAAAGACUCUAGUCAACGGGGUGUGUGACUUUGAUCGGGGUGACAGUGGUGGCAACUUUAACAAAAACAUUCCAAAUCACAUUGCUUCCAAACAGUACUUGGGUAACGGGGAGGUGGGCCCCUCUGAGAAGAGUCAUGGGUCAGACCCCCUUCUCCCUAGUCCUCCUACCCCCCAGCAGGACACUGCCAAAGCGCAGCAGUCAGAGCGCCUGGCCAACGGACCCCAGGCAGUAGGCAACAGGCCUCCCUCGGAAUUAACCAAUGGACCUUUGGGGCCGGGCCACGCUGUACCUGUGCUAAGACAGCAACUGCUCCCCAAUUCCACCCUCCCCUCCACUAUUACUCUUUCCUCCCAGAGUCUUGCUGCCUCUUCAGCAAAUGGAGUGGCCUCUGAGGCUCGAGGUCUCAAGAGACCGGCUGAGAGCGAGGACCGCAGUGCAGCAUCCUCGGGGAUCCCCAAUAAAGUGGGAGUGCGAAUCAUCACCAUCAGUGACCCCAACAACGCUGGCAGCAGUGCCACCAUGGUGGCGGUGCCAGCAGGAACAGACCCAAGCACAGUAGCCAAAGUAGCAAUAGAGAAUGCCACUCAGCAGAGGAACUGCUCACCCACACAGGCAGCUGGCACAACGCCUACCUUUACCCCGUCCCCGCCCCCUGUAUCCCAGCCUGCACCAGCGGGUAACCACAGCCCUCACCUCCCAGCACAGCAAACCCCUGCAGCACCGCCAGAGCAAAGCAGGAAAGCAGGGCAGAACUUUAAGUGUCUGUGGCAAUCCUGUAAACGGUGGUUCGAAACGCCGUCUCAGGUGUUUUACCACGCAGCAACGCAACAUGGUGGAAAAGGUGUGUAUGGAGGCCAUUGUCUAUGGGAGGGAUGUGAACCUUUUCCCCGGCAGAGACUGUCCUUCAUCACACAUCUACAGGAUAAGCACUGUUCUCGAGAGGCUUUGCUGGCUGGACUCAAACUAGAGGAGCAGCAGGCGCAAAGUCCCAAUCAGACUUCUUCCCAGACUCCGCCAGUGGCAGGCAGUACUCCGGCACCGCGAGCACCGAAAGCAAUUGUGAAUCAUCCGAGCGCAGCUCUCAUGGCCCUACGCAGAGGCUCUCGAAACCUGGUCUUCAGGGAUUUCACUGAUGAGAAAGAGGGACCAGUGACCAAACACAUACGACUAACUGCUGCCUUAACGUUAAAGAACAUCGCCAAGCACUCUGACUGUGGUCGCAUGUUGGUAAAGAGGCAUGAGACGCACCUCUCUGUGCUCGCGCUAAGUAACAUGGAGGUUUCCACCACGCUCGCCAAAUGCCUUUACGAACUGACGCGCUCGCUCCAGGCUUAACGCCAAAAGGACAACCCCCUCCUCACCCCACCACCCCCAUUCCUCUCCUGAGAGGAGAAAGCUGCCGGUGAGGCGUAGCGGGUCUGCAGGGGGAGCAGAGACCCUCCUUCUGCCGCGCCUGGCACCCUCAAUCCCCUCUCGUCCCUCACCUCCUUCCUCGCCAACCUGUGUUCAAACACCCGCCCUCCCCCAUCCACACACACACACACACACAAAAAAAAACUGCCACGGGGUCUUCCACCAGCUGCCCACCAGGGGGAGCUCUUUAAGACUGCUUCCCCAAGGGACUCCACCGACGAAACCCCAAACACGAGCACAUUUUGUUCAUGUUUUUUUGUUAUUUUUAUUCUUCUCUUCGUCCCGUGAACUGAUGUGUGCGUUGGAGCGAGUGGCGGUCGACUGAUGAGUACGCGUGGGCGGGGAGGGCGGCGGGGCUAUAGUAGGUGUCCCACUGAGUAGGGUGGAGGAGGACUCAGCUGGCAACUGGAGCAGAGAAUUUUUUUUUUUUUUCCUUUAGAAACUUGGUAGCUUGGUUUUCUUACUUGAGUCAAUAUAUUUUCACUUAUUUAUUAUUGAAAUGAAUACCAUUACAAUUAAUGAAAAAGAAUCUUGUAAAUAUGUUGUGAAUAUAUAUAAAGAAGAUCCUCUUUCAUGCCGAUGCAGCCACUGGAGAACUUGCUCUGUGGAGUAAUAGAAGCAUUACUUUGGUAGGAUUGAAUAAAGUAGUAAGUUUUUUUUUUUUUGUUUGUUUUUGUUUUCUUGCUUUUUUAUGAUCCUUGGUCACUUGUAUCUAAUGUGAUUCUAUACUCAGCAGUGGAUGAAUGUACUUAAAAACCUGUAAAUAAUUCUGCAAAGGUACUGAUGCUGUAAAGCUUAGGGAGGGGGAAAAACAGUUUUUUGUGGAACUGUGACAUUUUUUGUAUUAUAAUACCUUGUAGAACUCAUUUUGCUGGCUGAAAGAGUAUGGAAUAAUAUAUCUCAUGUCAUUUUGUAGAAGAAAAAAAAAUAUUGAAGGUAUUCUCUUCCCUUCCUCUUCCCUCACACACCCUCCCCUCAACACGCACACACAAAAGUAACAUAUAUCCACUGUAAGCGUUUUGUCAUUGUACGGGCACAGUGCGCGUACCAAAAUUUUUUUGUAUUUGUAAAUUGGUUUAAAUACAUGGAGUUUUUAUACAGGUUUUCUCCUGUGUUCUUUGCUUUACGUGCAGGUAUGAUAUUUUCUUCACUACUUUUUUCUAUCUUAAUAUAGUGUGGAGUUUUAUUGUACUAUUUUUUCAUUCUUAAUACCAUGCCACAUUCCGGCUCACGUCCUCAGACUGUCCUCUCUACCGUGUGUUGUGUAACAUUUAUGACUGCCUGUCGUAUUAGCAUCUGACCGGGGCGACCCAACCAUCCUCAUUUCUGCGGUGUCAGUAGGAUGUGUGACUAUACAUAGACCUAACAGUCUGUUAGAGAUUGGCUUUAUUUACUUUGGUGACUGUUUAUAGUUUUUAAAUAAAACACUGAACAUUU